GGGCGGGCUCACGAACGGGAAGCGGGGGCGGCGGCGGGAACAGGACAGCCUUUCCCUGGGAACGGGAGAGCCUUUCUCUAGGAGCGGGAGAGCCUUUCCCUGGGAACGGGAGAGCCUUUCUCUAGGAGCGGGAGAGCCUUUCCCUGGGAACGCGGAGUCCCCGUCCCGCUGCUGCUGCUGCUGCUGCAGGUGGUCAUCUGCCCGUUGGGAGCACAGCCAGCGCGGCUUUUCUGGCCUGGCAUCUCCUGAGUGGGAGCGAUCCCUGGACGCAUCCAGUAUUGGAGGUGAUAUCCCCAUCAGCUGGUCCUGGAUGUAGGAAAUAUGAAUGACUGGCAGAGAAAAAGCCCUCUAGAUUGGGAAACGUAUGUGAACAAAUUGGUGAAAGUUGUUGCUGUUGAGAAAAAUGAAUAUGAAGGAUGGGUUUUAACUGUUGACCCAGUUUCUGCCACCAUUGUCCUCGCAAUGUUCCCAGAGAACGAGAAAGGAUCCAUAUCAUUCGUCAUGGGCCACGCCAUUCAGGAGGUCGAGAUCCUGCAAGAAGGGGACAGUGACAUGAAGCGCCGCCUCGCUCACAUCCUCGAGCCAGAGGAGUGCCAAGCCUACAGCCCCGAGGAGCUGGAGAAGAGGAAGAACGCCUUGAAGACGUGGCUGGAGACAAACCACAUCCCCGUGGGCGAGCAGGGGGAGCUGGGCAGGACGCUGAGCGUGGCGGGGGUGCUGACCAUCGAGCCCCCGUAUGGCCCCGAGCAGUGCAGCAGCACCAACGAGAUCAUCCUGGCCCGCGUGCAGGGCCUGCUGCAGGGCUGGCUGCAGGGCUGCAGGGCUGCCUGCAGCAGCAGCGCCGAGCCUGCUGCAGAGGCUUCUCUCUAGGAGCUCUCCUGCUUUAGGAACUGGGCUGUUUCAGGAACUCUCCUGGGUGUCAAUGCUCACUGUUUGCACAAAAGCUGCAUUUCGGGUACUUUUGUCUUGGCUUUUUUUUUAUGUAAAGGAAGGAAUAAAACAAAAAGUAUAAACUCACAGCACAAGCAUUUUUUCAUGUGCUAUUUUUAUUAGAAGCAAGCUGUUGUACUAAACCGAUUUAUCAGUUUAAUUUGUCAGAGUUCUUGUAACAGUAUUGUAAAGGAUGAUACAUAAUACAUUUAAACUGUUUUCCCUUUAAAACUAGUUUAAUUAUCGUGCUGAAGGUACCUUUAUUUGAACUGCUUAGCAGAUUCUUUUUCCUUUUUUUUUUAUAGAAAGAGAACUAUGACACCUGGACUUCCCAAACCAAAUUGAAAAAAAAAUGUUCAGAAAACUGUUUUGUUGUUUACAUGGCUGGCAGUUUCUUUGUUUUUCCAUUACUGUUCUCCUAGUUUAGAACAUGAAUUACAAUGCACGUCCAAGUUUGUAAAAUUAUUAGGGAAGGUUAGCAGGCAAAUAGCAGGUUUUAAAACUUAUCUAUAUUUGAUGUUUUAGAGCAGCAGUGCUUGGGAAACCAGUGUUCUGUAAAAGGAAAAUGUGUUGCAAUUCAGUAAGUUUGUGUUUCUAGUUUAUACCAACACAUGAUGCAGGAAUAAUUGUGUGAUUAUUCCUGAGAUUAUUAAUGCAGUGAGGAACAUUUAGAAGCCUCAUUUAUCUCAGUUAUUUGUUCUGCCUUAUUAGGAGAUUAGCACAUUGGUGUGCUCAAAUGCAACUGGAAAGUCUGCCUAAUCCUUGUUCUUAAAAGGCUGUUCUCAUUCGUGCUGGCAUUUACCUACAAUUACUUGUCAUCUGUCAGGUUUGUGUUGAUUUUUUCUUAAAAAAUGUCUGCUGCACAUCCA